GAGCGCUCCAAAAAAGCUUCCUUUUGCACGAAUGUACAUCACCAGCAGCAGCAGCAGCAGCGGGAAACGGGCAGGACAAGACUAGAGCCAACCCACACAGCCCACUUCAAAGGCAAGAAUACAUAAACUUCAGGUGGUGCAGCCUUUCCUCCGGACACCGAGGAGCGGGCUGUCUCCCUGAGCGCCCUCCCCAGUCACCGAGGCGCAGUGGCAGCCGCCUCUGCCGCGGAAUAGCUGUGCUGAGUCCUUUCCGCAUCGCCUUGGGAGACUCCGGGGCCGUUGUUUGCUGACGGCACAGCUUCUCCCACCCGCCUCUACCUUACCUCACGCGCACAAAAGAGGGGAGGUGAGAGCGCGCGUGCGCGCACCAAAGCAAAGCGCCUCAUAAACUCGCCGAGGCAGCGCGCCGCAAGCCGGGUGGUUGAUGGCAUCACGGGCGGACGACAACAGUGUCAGAGGCUUUAGAAAGCACCAUCUAAAUUAGUGCAGACUGAUAUAAUUCUUCUGGAAUAUCUGAUUUGAAUAUCUGACUGAGAACCUAAACUGCAAAAAUUGCUUGGUGUGUUUUGAUGAGAAGCACUUGAAGCAAAUACCACAACCUUCUGGUGUAUAAAACUACCCUUCUGCAUCAAGAUGAAUCAGGAUAAGUGGGCUAACCUCAGUCCAUCAGAGUUCUCUCAGCUUCAGAAGUAUGCAGAAUAUUCCACAAAGAAAAUAAGAGAUGUUCUGGAAGAAUUUCAUGGUAAUGGUGUGCUAGCAAAAUACAAUCCCGAAGGGAAGCAGGAUAUUCUUAAACAAACCAUUGAUUUAGAAGGUUUCAAGUUAUUUAUGAAAACCUUUCUUGAGGCUGACGUGCCAGAUGAAUUUUGUGAACAUCUCUUUACAUCAUUUGGCACAAAGGUCCUGCAUAGUAGCCCUAUGGUAAAGAAUAAGCCCCCUCUUCUCCCAGGAGGUUUGCGAAUUACUAAAAGUCUGAGUACAUCACGGACUCCAACUCCUACUUUGCACAUACCCGAAGUAAUCCAGUUGAAAGACAUUGUUUGCUAUCUUUCCCUUCUUGAAAGAGGACGACCGGAAGACAAACUAGAAUUUAUGUUUCGCUUGUAUGACACAGAUGGAAAUGGAUUCCUGGACAGUUCGGAGCUGGAAAACAUCAUUACUCAAAUGAUGCAUGUUGCAGAAUAUCUGGAAUGGGAUGUCACUGAACUCAGUCCAAUUCUUCAUGAAAUGAUGGAAGAAAUUGAUUAUGACCAUGAUGGUACAGUUUCUUUGGAAGAGUGGAUCCAGGGUGGAAUGACUACAAUCCCACUUCUAGUAUUGCUUGGACUGGAGACUAAUGUGAAGGAUGAUGGGCAGCAUGUAUGGAGACUGAAACACUUCAACAAGCCUGCCUACUGUAAUCUUUGCUUGAACAUGCUAAUAGGAGUAGGCAAGCAAGGUCUUUCUUGUUCUUUUUGCAAGUACACAGUCCAUGAGCGUUGUGUUUCUAGAGCACCAGCUUCUUGUAUCAAAACGUAUGUGAAAUCCAAAAAGAACACUGAGGUGAUGCAUCACUUCUGGGUAGAAGGAAAUUGUCCCACAAAAUGUGAUAAGUGUCACAAAACUAUAAAAUGUUAUCAAGGAUUGACUGGGCUCCAUUGUGUCUGGUGUCAGAUCACAAUGCAUAACAAAUGUGCUUCACACCUAAAACCUGAAUGUGACUGUGGUUCUUUGAAGGAUCAUAUUCUACCACCCACAUCAAUCUGCCCAGUAGUAUUGACUCUACCCCCUUUAGGAGUCUCGCUUCCUGAGGAACGCCAAGCAACUAUGAAACAAGAAAGGAGUGGUUCUCAGCAAACAAACAAACUAGGUGAUCGGAACAAGAUGCAGAGAGCAAAUUCCGUCACUGUAGAUGGACAAGGUCUUCAGAUUACACCUGUUCAAGGUAGCCAUCCGCUUUUAGUUUUUGUCAAUCCCAAAAGUGGUGGAAAACAAGGAGAAAGAAUUUAUACAAAGUUUCAGUAUCUUUUGAAUCCUCGGCAGGUUUACAGCCUUGCUGGAAAUGGACCAAUGCCAGGAUUAAAUUUUUUCCGAGAUGUCCCUGACUUCCGAGUAUUGGCGUGCGGUGGAGAUGGAACUGUGGGUUGGAUUUUGGACUGUAUAGAGAAAGCUACUUUGAUUAAGCAUCCUCCAGUUGCUAUUCUGCCCCUUGGAACUGGGAAUGAUUUAGCCCGAUGUUUAAGAUGGGGAGGAGGAUAUGAAGGUGAGAAUCUUCUGAAGAUCUUGAAAGAUAUUGAAAACAGCACCGAAGUCUUGCUGGACAGGUGGAAAUUUGAAGUAAUACCCAAUGAUAAAGAUGAAAAAGGAGAUCCAGUGCCUUACAGUAUCAUUAAUAAUUAUUUUUCAAUUGGAGUGGAUGCUUCAAUUGCUCACAGAUUUCACAUCAUGCGAGAAAAACAUCCAGAGAAGUUCAACAGCAGAAUGAAGAAUAAAUUCUGGUAUUUUGAAUUUGGCACUUCUGAAACGUUCUCAGCUACCUGCAAGAAGCUGCACGAAUCUAUAGAAAUAGAAUGUGAUGGAAUUCAACUAGACUUAAACAACAUUUCUCUGGAAGGGAUUGCAAUUUUGAACAUUCCAAGUAUGCAUGGAGGAUCAAAUCUUUGGGGUGAGACCAAGAAAAGGCGAAGCCAUUGUCGAACUGAAAAGAACAGGUCAGAUAAAAGAACCACAGUUACAGACGCUAAGGAAUUGAAGUUUGCAUGCCAAGAUCUAAGUGACCAGCUGAUGGAAGUAGUUGGUCUAGAGGGAGCCAUGGAAAUGGGCCAAAUAUACACAGGGCUGAAAAGUGCUGGAAGACGUCUUGCACAGUGUGCAUCUGUUGUUCUUAGGACCAGCAAGUCUCUGCCUAUGCAGAUCGAUGGGGAGCCAUGGAUGCAAACACCUUGUACAAUAAAAAUUACCCACAAGAAUCAAGCUCCGAUACUGAUGGGACCACCUCCCAAAACUGGCCUCUUCUCUUCCAUCAUUAGAAGAACAAGGAACCACAGCAAAGAAUAAGCUUCUGUCGUUAAAUCCUUACAAAAUCAAAUUAGCAGGGAUUUGGAAUAUGUAUGCUGGAAACCUUUCAAGGGUUUUUAAAUGUUCUCUACUGCAUAAUCAUGGAAUCUGGAAUAACAGUUUCUGUGACUGAGCUAAUGUUAAAUGAUGCUAUUAGAAUAAUUUAUUGCCACAGUUUUGUAGGCAUUUUGCAUGAAGAAAGCUAAUGUUUACAUAAAGUGAUAAAGCAUAUUUUUGUUGCAUGCAUUACCAUUACUAAUUUACAGGAUAAAUAUGCAGUGGAGUGGGGAAAUGCAACACUGUUGGAAAUCUGAUUUUCAUGGGAUAUGGUCCUCAACCUGCUUACUUCAGACCAUUCUUUAACAUGAAAUAUUUAACACGUUGAGGUACUCCAGUCUAAAGAAAGUGUCAUUAGAUUUACUACAGCCUUGAUUUGUUUCCCUUUCUACUUAAUGCUGAUGAACAACAUUCCAUUUUAGUAUUAUCCAGAUGUCCUUCUUAAAUCUAACAAGUGCAAAUCAGUGUGGUGUGGACCUAAUUUGAAGGCUUAAAAUGUGAAAUAUUAUUUUCCUAGCUAUUUUAGGCUUCAAUCAGAAGUGUACUUAACAGAAAUAAGUCCCAUUGUACACAGUAAAACUUACUUCAGAGUAAAUAUGUUACGUUUCAGAUAUUAAAAUCCACAUUCUCACACGUACAGACAUUACAUCUAAAAUGUAGCUCACACUCUAGCAUCAAAGUAAAAUAAAAGUUGCUGUCAUUUUUAAGCUAGUGGGCCAUUUUGUGUAUUACAAGAAGAAAUCUAGCCGGUAACAAUGUUUGAAGUUUUUCAUUUAAUUGACCCAUCAAUAAAUCUUUUCAAUAUGUCAGACACAGAGGUAGGUCUCAUGAUUGGUGAGACCCAUCUCUAGAGGGUUUGCGGGGAGAGUGGGCUAAGCCCACUCUCCCCACAGAUGAUCAUUAAGCCCUCCCCAGGCAGCCGGAUAGGACGCCCACACGACUGCCGGCUCCAUCAUGGAGCUGGCGGGGGCUUGGGAGUUCGGGGUCAUGCGGCCCCCAGGAGUUCCAGCAUGCUCUGCGCAAGUGCGUAGAGCAUGCUGGAGAUACUUUAGCCUCCUGGUUGGGGGUCUCUUCAUGAGUUGCCACACCGUGGCAACACAUGAUCCAGAAACCCCGGUUAGAGGAGUGCUCGCUCUGCUAACCUGGGCUAAGGGGAGGGCUGCAGAGGCGGGUUACCCACUGUGAGGCAACCGGUGGGUCUCACGGUCUGCGAGACCAGUGGGUCUCACAGUCUGCUAAAAUCGGGCUAGGCUCCCCUAGCCCAAUUUUAACCAAUCAUGAGAAUAGCCUCAUAAAUUAAUGUUCCAUAUUAUCCUACAAUACAGUCAUAGAGAAACGCUGAUGGGCAGGAGAGGCAUCCACGCUGCCCCCUGGUUCUCCAUAGCACAUCGGUGUUGCUGUGGAGGCAGGCUGGUCCAUACCUACUGUGCAUUGCACAGUCACAGUUGAGACGCUACUUCCAUUAUUUCCAAUAGAAGUAGUAGGCAUGGAACAACCCACCUCUGCUGCAGCACUCAUGUAAUUUGGAGAGCCUUGCAACAGCGCAAGUACCUCUUUCGCCCAUCAGUGUUUUCUGCACACUAUGCGGGCAUGUAUGUGAAGAUAUACAAACAAAUAACCAAACCACAUGCCUACUAAAUGGCACUUGUAACAAAAUAUUUAGCAAGGCAAGGCUUCAGGGCAAUAGGUUAAUGCAAUGAAGCAUUCUAGAUCAAGCUCUCUUCUGAAACUUGCCAUCUAUUUGAUCACUUUGGCAGUGCCUAAAGGAAUGCUGAUAAAGGGAGGGAAGCACCAUUAAUUACAGCUAAGGUCUAUUCAGCUUUCACUGCUUUUAUAUGUUGAUAAAUACUAUCCAGGACCUCAUAUGUCUCCUCAGUUCAACUGGUUCUGGGCUAUACCUAGACCUCAGUGCUUGCUGGAGCUUCACAUCUUUGUUUUUCGUAUGUUCAAAUGUGAAUUCCCACUGAGCAUUUAGGUCCAGAGCAAGGUUGGAGUGAGCCCCUGCCCUCUGGCCUUCUUCUUCAGAAAGGCAUUGUGGGAGAGCAAAGAACAAGGGUCUCCCCAGCUCUUGUUCAUUUGUAGCUAAGCCCCUGGUUCAGAGGUACAUCAGAACUUCUGCAUGCACAAUGGAGAUAGAUUUCAAAGACACGUUUAUGAGCAUUAUAUUUUGGUUGCCUUGGUUUGUUUCAUUCAUAAAUUCAGCACAUCUGGUCAUGCUGCUUCCUUUCUGUUUGUGUUCUUGAAUCCAAGAAAUUCCACUGUGGUGAUAUUGUGCUCAGUAGCUUAUUUCCUAUUCUUACUCCCCUAAAAAUGUAUUAACAGCUUGGAAACAGCAGUGCAGCUUGUUUUGUGUGACUGCACUGUCUGAUUUGCCUUACAGUUAAGGCCAGGACAGCUAACCGUUUGAAUGUUGUAUAUAAACAUAUAAACCUACAGUAAAGCGCUUUGGGGGAAGGCCUUUGUGCUUUUUCCUUUAGUUGAGAGUCGCUUGAGUUUCAUCCUUGCAUGGGUUUGUUUUUGUUUUUAAAACAUUCUACCAGGAAAAAUAACUUGCUUGAAAUGCAUGAUCUAUUAGAAGCCUCCCUCCUUUUAAUAUAAACCAUCCAUUGCUCAUGACUUAUCAAAUCUCUUUUCCAGUUGAUUCUUUCAUCCUUAUGAAAUGCAAGCAACAUUUACUCUUUCUGUUGUGCAUGUAUUUUGCAUGGAUGUAAGUAAAUUAGAUACAGUUUGAGUACGUUAUAGGAUCUGGUAGAUUUCUUCUGUAUAUAACUGAAGAUGAACGCACAAGCAGUAUAGUAAUACUGGUAAAGAUAAUGUACAAACUCUUAGUGCUGAGUAACCAUUAACUGAGAAAUGCCAAUCAACAUGGCAUUCAGCACUAGGCUGAGAAAAUGAGAUGUCCAUCAACAAACCUAAGCUGUGUCAUUCACCAUGUAUGGGUCCAGUGCUGUUAACAAUUUUAUCUGCAGUAAUGUAAUAAUGAUCUCUCUUAUUUUGUAAGUUAUAUACGAAUGUGCACCCACAUUUGAUGCAAUGGCUAUUCUGGAUAUUGAUAAUUCUAAGGCAAAUACUUCUUGCUGAUACUAUAUCACAUGAUGUAUAAAUUGAAAUAAUGCAGUUAUGGCUACAGGUAAUAAAUAUUUUCACACAAUGA